GUGGUGGAAAUCAAUAGGCCUUGCAAAAAAGCUAACCUUCAGCAGGGAUAGAGUGGUCGAGUGUUAUGUUUGGCCUCUUGGUGUAUAUUUUGAGCCUUGUUAUUCUAGAGCACGAAUUUAUCUGACAAAAGUGAUUGCUUUACUUUCAAUCAUGGAUGAUAUUUAUGAUGCUUAUGGCACAUUAGAGGAGCUCCAAGAAUUUACUGAAGUAAUCCAAAGGUGGGAUAUUGAGGCAUCGGAUCAGCUAGAUGAGGUCUUUAAACUCCACUUCCUUUAUCUAUAUGACACAUUCAAGGAAUUUGAGAAUGAGCUCACAAACGAGGGAAACUCCUAUAGAGUAGACUAUCUUAAAGAAUCAAUCAAAGAAAUAUCAAGGGCUUACUUUGAAGAAGCUAAAUGGAGGGAUGAAGGUUACGUGCCACCUCUCAAGGAAUAUCUGACUGUUUCGCUGAUCUCUUGUUGUUAUGCUGCAUUAGCAUGUGCUUCUUUUGUUGGCAUGGGGGAGAAGGCAACAAAGGAGGCAUUCGAUUGGGUUACAAGCUUCCCAAGAAUCAUAAAGUGUAUUUGCUCAAUCUGCCGGCUUAUGGAUGAUGUUGUAUCCACUGAGUUUGAACAAGAGAGGAAUCAUGUCUCAUCGGCCGUCCAGUGCUACGUUAAAGAGCAUGGCACUUCAGUGCAGGAGGCAUGUGAGAAGCUACUGGAAAUGGUUGAAGAAGAUUGGAAAAUUCUGAACCAGGAGUGUCUCAAUAUGACUGCCAUGCCAAUGUCUUUGAUUACGCGAAUCAUCAACCUUGCACGAAUGAUGGAAACCCUAUACAGGAAGUCUGAUUCAUAUACGCACUCUUCGACUACAAUGAAAGACAAAAUCACAUCACUGCUCAUUGAGGCCAUUCCCUUCUGAGAAGGCAACGGUCCCUUAUUUCAUAUUAUAGAUCAGCCUUCCUGUAGGUUACCUAUCCAGGACAUUGUAGAUUUGGAUUUUCCUAUAUUGUUGGUCUAUCUUGUGUAAGGGGGAAUAAGUGCUCUGUUUGCAUAUCUGUUCUUCGUACUUAUAGCGUGUGUAAUCCUUUAAAGCAUUUAUUGUGGUGCGAGUUAAUUCUCAAUAAACUUGUAUGAUUUUAUUAUUUAAUCAUCUUGGCUAUGGUGACCACUUU